AUGAAAAAGCACUUUGCUUCGCCUCUUCAUCACGAAUACAAUUUUCAUGUUGAGGAAUCGCUCGGAGAGGAUGAAACAACCAUUAGAUUGGCUCGGGAGGGUGGCGAUGAGCUGUCGUUUUAUUUGGAGGAAAAUAUUUUGGGAGUGCUGAUUCCUGCUUUUCAAUCCUUAUUAAAGGAGUAUUCAACAGUUGAUCCGAAAUCGGAAGAGGAACAAGAAUAUGAAAAAUUAAAGAGUACUAUCUACUCAAAGAUCGAUCCGAUUAAUUGGAUUGCCAUGUAUCUUAUUAGAAAUAAUCCAAAACAUUCGAAAAAUUUGGAAAAUAAUCCAUACAGUAAAUUAUUAAAGGAACACAUCGAGAAAAUAAGACCAGAAAUUAUGAAGAAUAGAGAAGGAAAAUCAGAGUCACAAAUCAAACAGGAAAUCAAAGAUAUGGCGAAGGAAAAAUUACCCAAACUUCUAGAACAAUAA